AUGACCACCACCACCACCACCACACAAACAACCCAGACCUCGGAGUCAAGCCGGUUGAGGUUGGUGUCCAAACCUGGCUUAUAUAAGCAACACGAUAUACAAUAUACUGACACCACCUUUGCCUUUAGGAUCAACGUCGACGCUGACCCCGACGCCGAAUGGCUGAAUGACCUUUGCGAGAAUGGCUACGCCGUGGUCAAGGGUGCCAUCCCCCGCGAACGCGCGGUACAGUACCAACAGCGGGCGUUCGACUGGCUCCGGUCGUUCGGCAAAGGGUUGGACCUGGAGGACCGGUCGACCUGGACGGCCGAGCACCUGCCGGUGCAGAGCAAGCUCAACACCUUUGACAACUACUGCGUCGUGCACGAAAAGUUCAUGUGGGACGCGCGCCUCGAGCCGGGCGUUAUCGACGCCUUCACCAAGAUUUGGGGCACUGACGAGCUGUUGGUCUCGUUCGACUCCCUGAACGUCACGUUCCCCGGACGCAGCGAUAAACCGCCGCGGGCCCCCUGGCCGCACGUCGACCAGUCCCCUCACAAACGCGGCCUCCACUGCGUCCAGGGCAUCAUUAACCUCAGCCACGCUGGGCCGGAAGACGGCUCGCUCGUGGUGCUACCCGGGUCGCACAAAUACACGGCCGAGUUCUUCGAUACGCAGACCGACCGCGACUCGUGGCCCACUAUCGACUGGCGCCGCUUCAGCGAGGACGAGAUGGCGUGGUUCGCCUCAAAAGGUCUGAAGGCCGUCAAGGUCGAGGCUGAACCCGGCGACCUGAUCGUCUGGGACUCGCGCACCGUGCACUACGGGGGCGAGCCGACCGACAAGAGUGACGUGGUCCGGACCGUCAUCUACGCCUCGUACGCGCCCGCUAAGCUCGCGGCUCCGGAGGCCCUCGAGGAGAAGCGCCGCGUCUUCGACGUCCACGGCGCCACCACCCACUGGGCCCACGACAACAUCUGGCUGCGCCCGCAGCUCGCCCACCUGCCCGACGGCUCCCUUGACCCCCAGAACCGGUCGGAGCCGCUUGAGAAGCCCGAGUUGACCGACCGAUUGUUGCAAUUGGCUGGCUUGAAACCGUACUGA